AUGCUUUUACUCAUAGGAUUUCUAGCUUUUGUUAUUACGUCUAUUUCGGCAACAACAUACUCGUGUGAUUCGACAGCGCCAUGUGGUUGUUCAACAACAAAAACAACUUCUGUUAUAGCUAAAAUUGUCGGUGGAGAAAAUGCAAUGAAUUACACAUGGAACUGGAUGGUUUCUCUACAAUAUCAGAAUAGUCACAUAUGUGGUGCUAGUCUCAUUACAUCUGAAUAUGCUGUAACUGCUGCUCAUUGUCUCGAAGAUUAUAUUAAAGAUUUAGACAAUCUAUCCAUUCGUGUUGGUUCAAACAUUAUAAAAGACACAACCACUGCAACUAUACAACGACGAAAAAUUAUUAAAGCCACUAUACAUCCAGAUUAUAAAGGGACGGACUCAAACGACUAUUCAAAUGAUAUUGGUAUUAUCCAAUUUGCACCAUUAAAUACUUCGACGAGUUCAAAAAUAAAUUUCAUAUGUCUACCAUCGGAAGGUCAAGAUCCAUUUCAAGUCAACACCAGUCUAGUAGCUAUUGGUUGGGGUGUUACCUACGAAAGCCAAACUGCCCCUAUAUCAAAUUAUCUUCUACAAGUCACCGUACAAGUGUAUUCGUCGUCGUCAGAUGUUUGUCAAGCGUCACCAAUGACUAACUCAACUGUACAAUUCUGUGCAGGAGUAGCCGAAGGUGGAAAAGAUACGUGUCAAGGGGACAGCGGUGGACCACUGAUGGCUUUUGUUAACAACCGAUGGAUACUAGCUGGUAUAACAUCAGCAGGCAACGGGUGUGCUCGAGUUGGACAAGUCGGAUUGUAUACACGAGUAUCUCAGCUCAUCUCGUUCAUCAAUUCAUUGGUUAACUUAACGGUACCAUCCACAAUAAGUGAACUGACAACAACAACAACAACAGCAACAACAUCAUUCAAUAUGAUAUUAACACACAAUAUUACCGGCUUGAAUGGAACCAUUGUAGAAAAAAACACAGCAUAUACAUUGGAAAAGUCCAUAUCGAUAUCAUUGAUUUCCUCGGUUUUCCUUUUCUUUAUCACAUGUAUAUUAUAA